CAGAGAAGAAGGAGAAGAAAAAGGAACCCAUUUCGAAACGGAGAAUCGCGAUCUUUUCUCGUGGUCCAUCAAAAUUAAUACUUCACUAUAAAUAAAAAAUAAAAAUUAUAAUGAUAGAAAAAACGUGGCGAAUCUAAGUGUUUGUGAGUUGCUGCAUAGGGAUCCAGGUGGGGGAAUUUCUACAUGCAGAAGCGUCACGCUCACAAGCAGAGAGAGAGAGAGAUGGGUGAGAGAGUGGUGUGCGAAAAGUAUGGAGCGGUGGUUGUAAUGGUGACGAGGAACGUGGCGACGGGUCUGGUGAACGUGCUGAUAAAGAAGGUGCUCGACCAUGGUAUUAACCACAUGGUCAUCGCUACUUAUAGACUCGCUUCCUCUGCUCUCUUCUUGGCCCCUCUUUCCCUUUUCCUUGAAUGGAAAGCGAGACCAAAGCUGACAUUUACCAUCUUGUGCCAACAUUUCUUCAGUGCUAUGAUUGGUGUAGGGUUGGUACAAUAUUUCUCAUUACUGGGACUUGCGUACACUUCAGCAACUGUAGCAUGUGCCUUCUUCAGUCUUUUGCCCGCAACUACAUUCGCCCUGGCUUUGAUUUUCCGGACAGAAAGUCUGAAUCUCAAGAGUAAAGCGGGAAUGGCCAAAGUUGUGGGGACUCUUAUAUGCAUAAGUGGAGCCCUUGUGUUGACAUUUUACAAAGGGUUUGCCAUAUCGAACCCUCGGCAUCAACCAGAAGCUCUUGACAGCAAUCAUGAUCCGAGGAAGAACAAGACCGAGAACUGGCUGUUGGGAUGUCUGUUCAAUUUGACGGUAGACUUGUUGUUAUCUCUUUGGAUGCUGUAUCAGACAAAGAUCAACGUGACGUUCCCAUGCAAAUACACGAGUACGGCUCUUUCGUCCCUUUUUGGCACUUCCCAGUGUGCCCUCUUGAGUUUGAUCAAAUCUAGAGAUGCCCGAACCUGGAUUUUGAGGGACAAGUUCGACAUAUCUGUCAUCGUCUUCACUGGAGUGGUGGGACAAGGAAUAGCGACAGUGGCGAUGACAUGGUCGAUCAAGAAGAGAGGCCCGAUUUUCACUUCUUCCUUCUUCCCCGUCUUGCUUGUUUCUGCCACUCUUUUCGAUUUCCUCAUUUUCCACCGACAAUUAUUUAUUUCCAGUGUAAUGGGAUCGGUGAUUAUUGUGAUUGGUCUCUACGUAUUCUUGUGGGGCAAAAACAGAGAUCUAAAAGAGGUCUCGAGCGAGUCCACCGAGUUGCCGACUCAGUCGGAGGUACGUUUGGCGUCAGUGACAAAGUGACAAGUGACAACCAUUGCCUGACAAAACAGAUGGGGAAUAUUACUCAAAUAACCCACUUGGGUCGCAGCAAUUUCAGUGUACACCACCGAAAAAAAAAAAAAUAAUUUGCG